AUGUCGCCACCUCCGCCGAUUGACCCAAACAUUCUGCAGUUUGACAUAUGGGAGACGUUGGACGAGGUGACAAUGGAAAUGACGCAGACGUCCGAAUUCUGGACGCAGGUUGAGUACGAGGUCGAUCGGCUCGAUUUAAUACCGCCUGCGAAUGUACAGUAUUUGCAGGACAGUGAUAUCGACUGGCGGAUAGCGGAAAGUCCUGAGGAUCAUAAGGAUAACAUUGUCCACCAUGAUUGCAUGUGGGCGGGCUCAUGUGUGGAUUCCGUUCAUCCGUCGAAUACAUUCGUGCCGUCUGACCUAAUAACAGCUACGCCCGGUCAGAGUCUACUUCGGCGCGAUAUUUCUCCACCUAGGCCGGAGACCCCGCCGUCUCUCGACGGUGACGAGCAUCCAUGUCCAUUUGAACAUGUAGUGGACGUGGCCGGUGCGGCUCGGCGCCUCCUGCGGGAUUCUGCUGCGGUCGCCGCUGACCACUCGUACACCCUCGCUCGACAACGCAUCGAUUACCUUGGUGUUCAAACUCCGUCUGACUCGUGUGAAUCAGAGGAGGAAAUCGACGUAGUGUCCCUUGGCACAACACAUCAACCAUUGCCUGGUACCACACAAGUACGUAUGGAUUCCUUUUUGCGGUCGCCAUCAUCGCAAGAACGCCAUUAUCUUCCUCAACAAACACCAAGGCCGGCUGCGAGGAAACGUUUAGUACCACCUACUGGUAUACCCACAGCUUCCAUUCCCCGGCGGAGAGCUCGAGGCCCGGGAAGACGUGGACGCCGCUCAAACACAGACACAGACUCCGAAGCCGAGUCGCCUGAUAUCGAGCGUCGUUCAAUACAUAACGAUAUGGAGCGCCAGCGGCGUAUAGGCCUCAAAAACCUAUUCGAUGAACUAAAGAAGCAAGUACCCGCAACGAGAGACAAGGAGCGUGCACCGAAGGUCGUAAUACUUCGUGAGGCCGCGGCCCUAUGUCGCAAACUGCGCGAGGAGGAAUACGAGAGGGAAAACCUUAAAAAACAACAGAACAAACUGGUGACAAAGCUGAGAAAACUUCGAAUGAUGGUUUCCCGCUAUCGCACGUAUUGA